AUGGCACCCGCCGCUCCUUUCCAACCACCUGCUGCCGACCUACCAGGCAAGCCCUUCGUGCCGGAUUGGGUUCCACCUCCCAUCACGAAGCAGAAGGAGAACUUUGCCACGCUCAAAUCUAUUGAUCUAUCGUUGCUUGACUCGGACGAUCCAGCUGUUGUAGAUAACCUCAUCCAACAGGUCAAGGUUGCUAUUCGCGAUGAUGGAUUCCUCUUCCUCGAAAACUAUGGCAUUUCAUUAGAGCAGCUCCACCGACAGUUCGCUCUUGCGCAAUACCUGUACAACAACAUUAGCGAGGAGGACAAGGAUCGCCUUCUCUUUAAUCCCGAGACAGGUGUGUGGUCUGGCUACAAGCACCCUUAUGGGUUCAAGCGCCACCGUGGACCUCCUGAUGGCAUCGAACAAUUCAAUUGGUACAAGCCUGAUUGGGAAGAUGCCAACCGUACCCCAACGUGUUUGCACCCAUUCAUGGAUGAAAUCGAGGCGUUUUGCAACUACCUUACAGAGUCCGUCAACCGGCGGCUACUCACCGUCUUCUCGCGCGUUUUGGAACUACCCGACGAUUAUCUCUGGGAAAAUGUUCAAUCACAUGGCAGCCCAACUGGUGAAGGAUACUUCCGCCAUGCGCUAUUUCGUCCUGUAAGGAAAGAAACCGAAGAGGCAUCAAAGGGCCUCCGCAUGCACGGCCAUACCGACUUUGGCUUGACGACGUUGCUCUUCUCCGUUCCCAUCUCGUGCCUCCAGAUCUGGGGCCGCGACGAGAAGUGGUACUACGUUCCUUACAAGCCUGGAGCUCUCGUCAUCAAUAUUGGCGACACUUUGGAGAUUGUCUCUGGCGGCCACUUCAAGGCCACGCGCCACCGUGUGUUCAAGCCUCCGGUGGACCAACUACACGAAGAGCGCCUCUCUCUGGUGCUGUUUAACAGUUCCGUCGGCGAUUUGCGCAUGGCUCCUGCGAAAGAAUCACCGCUUAUCCAACGCGAGGGCUGCGUCGAGGAGCAGGGCGUCUACAAGGAAUUUCGGGACCGCACAGCAAAAGGCAAGCUUGUGCCCACGAACCGCGAAUGGCGCGAGAUCCAAAUCUCCACGGCUACCGACCCAACGGAUCAGGAGCAUAACCGAGUUGGGGUACACCAAGUGCUGGUCGAGGGAAAACUCAUGCAUCAACGAGAGUAUAUGGGAGUCAAGGUUCUCCUGCCUGUCUAA